UGUUCCUUCCGUUUUCCGAGAGCGACAAACGCGGACUCGUAACUGAGGGUCCAAAGGGUAGCUUAAAGGGGUAAGAUUCCGGACACUGAUAGGCUCACCGCCGCAUGCGAUCACAGCGCCGGUCAGUUUGUGUACGCAAGAUUGUCCGUUGAUGUUCACGGCACGCGACGUUUCUUCAAAUAUACGCUUCCUUGCUUCGCUGGCCUCUUGCAACGUCCCCCGUUCCCCCGUCUUCAUGCUUUUCCUCUUCGACCCCAUCCGCUGCCCGUCCGCCAUUGCCUCAAUCAUGCUCUGUUGGUGGAUUCGUCUGGCGAGCGAUCUGGCUCUCCCGCUUGACUGCCGCGUCUCUUGCGCUUCGCGCUAGGACUGCGCAGGGAGACGCUUGGGUUGAUCGUAGGGCGGCGCUCGCACUAAUGUG